GGAGAAGAAGAGGGGGAGACGUGUCCAGAGGCAGGAGGAGAGGAGGAAAGUAAAGAGAGUGGAACGGAGGGUAGGAACUUUGAAUGUUGGCAGUAUGACUGGUAAAGGGAGAGAGUUAGCAGAUAUGAUGGAGAGAAGGAAGGUUGAUAUAUUGUGCGUGCAAGAGACUAAAUGGAAGGGGAGUAAGGCCAGGUGGAUCGGAGGUGGAUUCAAAUUGUUCUAUCAUGGUGUGGAUGAGAGGAGAAAUGGGGUAGAGGUUAUUCUGAAGGAACAGUAUGUCAAGAGUGUUUUGGAGGUGAAAAGAGUGUCAGGCAGAGUAAUGAUUAUGAAGCUGGAAAUUGGAGGUGUGAUGAUGAAUGUUGUUAGUGCAUAUGCCCCGCAAGUUGGGUGUGCAAUGGGUGAGAAAGAAGAUUUUUGGAGUGAGUUGGAUGAAGUGAUGAACAGUGUACCCAAGGGACAGAAAGUGGUGAUUGGAGCGGAUUUCAAUUGGCAUGUUGGUGAAGGGAACAGUGGAGACGAGGAAGUGAUAGGUAGGUAUGGUGUCAAGGAGAGGAAUGAAGAAGGUCAGAGGAUAGUGGAUUUUGCCAAAAGGAUGGACAUGUCUGUGGUGAAUAUGUAUUUUAAGAAGAGGGAGGAGCAUAGGGUUAUGUACAAGAGCGGAGGAAGAUGCACACAGGUAGAUUACUUCCUAUGCAGAUGAGUUGAUCUGAAGGAGACUGAAGACUGCAAAGUGGUGGCAGGGGAAAGUGUAGUUAAGCAGCAUAGGAUGGUGGUCUGUAGGAUGACAUUGGAGAUCAAGAAGAGGAAGAGAGUGAGGGCAGAGCCAAGGAUCAAAUGGUGGAAGUUGAAAAAGGAAGACUGCAAGGUUGAGUUUAGGGAGGAGGUGAGACGGGCACUGGGUGGCAGUGAAGAGUUACCAGACAGCUGGGAAACUACAGCAGAUGUAGUAAGGGUGACGGCAAGAAGGGUGCUUGGCAUGACAUCUGGAAAGAGGAAGGAGGGAAAAGGAAACCUGGUGGUGGAAUGAGGAAAUACAGGAGAGUAUACAUAGGAAAAUGAUGGCAAAGUAGAAGUGGGAUAGUCAGA